UUCUUUGAUCACAGGGAGAAGCGAAAUGGCGACCUCACUAGAUACGGUUGAGACCUUUGGUACCACGCCCUUCUAUUAUGAAUCGGGUGAGCUCUGCACAAAAGGCGAUAUCAGAGCACUGAUUGCCAAGUUCCUGCCCCCGCUGUACUCCCUGGUGUUCAUUGUGGGCCUCUUGGGCAAUGUGUUGGUGGUGGUGAUCCUCAUAAAAUACAGGAGGCUCCGAAUUAUGACCAAUAUCUACCUGCUCAACCUGGCCAUUUCUGACCUGCUCUUCCUCUUCACCCUUCCAUUCUGGAUCCACUAUAUCAUGUGGAGUGACUGGGUUUUUGGCCAUGGCAUGUGUAAGGCCAUCUCGGGGUUUUAUUUCACAGGCUUGUACAGCGAGAUCUUUUUCAUCAUCCUGUUGACAAUCGACAGGUACCUGGCCAUUGUCCACGCCGUGUUUGCCCUUCGAGCCCGCACUGUCACUUUUGGUGUCAUCACCAGCAUUGUCACCUGGGGCUUGGCAGUGCUAGCAGCUCUUCCUGAAUUUAUCUUCCAAAAGACCGAAAACGUUCUCCAAGGGUCUUAUUGCAACCCUGUGUACCCCGAGGAUGGAGCACAAAGCUGGAAGCAUUUCUAUGCUCUGAGAGUAAACAUCUUGGUUCUCGCUCUGCCUCUGCUCGUUAUGGCCAUCUGCUACACAGGAAUUGUCAAAACACUGCUGAGGUGCCCCAGUAAAAAAAAGUACAAGGCCAUCCGACUCAUUUUAGUCAUCAUGGUGGUGUUUUUCAUUUUCUGGACACCCUACAACCUGGCUCUCCUUCUCUAUACCUUUCAAGUCAACUUGUUUGGAUAUGACUGUAAGCAGAGCAAGGAUCUGGACCUGGCCCUACUGGUGACGCAGGUGAUCGCCUACUCCCACUGCUGCGUGAACCCGGUGAUCUACGCCUUCGUUGGAGAGAGGUUCCGCAAGUACCUGUGCCACUUCUUCCACAGGCACGUGCUCGUCUACGUGAGCAAAUACAUCCCAUUCCUUCCUAGUGAGAAGCUGGAGAGAACCAGCUCUGUCUCUCCAUCCACAGCAGAGCCGGAGCUCUCUAUUGUGUUUUAGGUCAGAUGCGGAAAACUACCUAAAGAGGACGGACCGAGCAGACGAAGCAAACGCAUUAAGCCUUCCACGCUCACCACUUGAACACUCCUUCGAACUUCCUACACACGGCAGUAGCAGUAGAUGCAUGCACCCCAAGCAGUGUACUCAUCAACCCUAAAAAGCAGAGUUUUGCUUCUCAAAGAGUUACAUACAUUUUAGCGCACCUGAACGUUAGACAGUUACUAUAUGCCUCUACAAAAAGGCAAAACUUUUAUAUCGUAUACCUUAACUUCAGCCAGCUAUUGAUCUAAACAAAACAUUUUCACACAAUAC